GCAGCUGAGCGGCACUGAGUAGGUGGAAGUGGGACAGAGGGAGGAGACACAAGGACUUUGUUCACUCUGAAUCCCACAGGCUCCUUGACGCGGAAGAGACCGGAGUUUAAAACUUUUUCGUCUCUCCUCCUUUCGACUGCGGACAAGAGACAUGAACCGACAGGAGGACGGGGUGCUGUUGAAGAACAAGCCGGAUAACACGGCGUUCACGCAGCAGCGGCUGCCGGCCUGGCAGCCCAUCAUGUCGGCGGGGUAUGUCCUACCCACCUUCCUCCUGCUCGGCCUGGCCUUCAUCGGCAUCGGCCUCGGUCUCUUCUUCUCCUCCAACAGUGUCAUCGAGCUGGAGCUCGACUACACUGGCAACCUGCCGAACAGCUCGUGCUACCCGUGUACCAACACCACCAUCAAGGGUUGCAAGUGCUCCGUGCAGUUCAAGGUGGACACGUUACUGGUGGGCCCCGUUUUCAUGUACUAUGAACUGUCGAACUUCUAUCAAAAUCAGCGGAAAUAUGGAGUGUCUCGGGAUGAUGACCAGUUGAACGGUGAUUUGCAAUAUUUGAAGAAUCCAUCAGAAUACUGCUUCCCGUUUCGCAAGGAUAGCGAGGGAAGGCCCAUCGCUCCGUGCGGAGCCAUCGCCAACAGCAUGUUUAAUGAUUCCUUCGUGGUCUAUAAGAUGAAUAACAACGGGACACGAACCAUGGUCCCUUUAAAUGCCAAGGGAAUUUCUUGGUGGACUGACUACAAUGUCAAGUUCAAUAACCCACCGACAGACAACGGGACUGAUCUACGGGAGGUGUUUGCGGGGACGGUGAAGCCGACCAACUGGCCCAGGCCCGCCUACGAAUUGGACACGAACCAGGACAACAACGGCUUCAUCAACGAAGAUUUCAUCGUCUGGAUGAGAACGGCGGCUCUGCCGAACUUCCGCAAACUCUACCGUCGCGUGGAGAGAGGUCUGGAGCGCGGCAACUACACUGUGGAGAUCAGUUACAAUUACCCGGUGAUUAGCUUCAAUGGACAGAAGCGCGUGACGUUCAGCACCAUCUCCUGGAUGGGUGGAAGGAAUCCAUUCCUGGGAAUCGCUUAUCUUGUCUGUGGCUGUGUCUGUAUUGUAACAACAGUGGUGAUGUUCAUCGUUUACGUUAAGUACCAAGGAGCGCAUGCAUUCAUGGAGAAGUAGUUAUUAACAAAUCAUUGGGGUGUGAAAGUUGCUUGGCUACGGCUAUGCGUUUACCAGGGUAUAGCGGUCACUAAAACUUAACUGUGUGUGUUAACUUUCAUCAGGGAGCAGAAUUAUUUCAUUAUCUGUACUUUACAGAUUAGAGCAAGUAACUACAUUUAAAUGUAUACAUUAUACUGAUCUAUAUGUAUGUGUUAUUAUGAUUGAAACAGAUCUAUUUUCCUUGAGACAUUACUUUGCUGAAAGAUAAUUGUGGAGCAAGAUUUAUUGUAAAGAAAUAUUCUCUGGUUUUGUACAUAUUUGUUCAACGCUUGUGGUAAAAUUCUAUUGAACUUUU